UCCAUUCUGUCCCGCUGGACACCCAAUGGGAGGGACUAAAGUGUGCAUCACCUACGGGGAAUACUAAUGAACUCUCCUCUAAGAAAACAGCAGCCGGAACACGAUGAAACAGCGCUUUUAGCUUGGAUGUGUGUGUUAUCUGUGUGUCCUGCGUGUGGAAUCGCUGUGUGCUGAGCCCCAGUGCUGUGUGGAGACAGAGGCAGCGGGCACUUGUGACGACAGUGCGAUGGCCAGUCCAGGGGACGUGAUUGAGCCGGUGGCUCAAAGCUCCACAGCCCAAAACCUGGGCAGAAGGCGCUUUUCGAACGACCUCCGCAUUCUGUCUCCAGACGAGAUAGAUGGCCUCAUGUCCAGCAGUGAGGGUCGUCCUUUCCUUGUGGUGCAUCAUCUUCCUGAAAUAAAAGAGGAGGGUAUACCUUAUUUAAUGCCUGGUAUCCCCAUUACAUGCAGAGUGGACAACACAGAGAAAUACACUACUCGCUCCAAGGUCCGUGUAGGCACCCUGUACACAGUGCGGCUGACACACGGCCACUUCCACUGGACAGUGAAGAGGAAGUACAAGCACUUCCAGGAGCUGCAUCGAGACCUUUACAAGCACAAGAUGAUGGUUCACUUGCUGCCUCUGGGAAGGUUUGCGAAGGACAGGCAGCAGCUGAGAGCCAUGUCAGAGGAAAUGCCCAGCCUGCACGGGACUGAACGGACAAGAAGGACCUCCAGCAAAAUGAAAUACCUUGAGGAGUACCUGAAUGGUCUGCUGGAGAAUGUGUUCUGCAGGAACGAUCACAGCAUGCUGGAGUUCCUCUCUGUCGGCGCCCUCUCCUUCAUCACCGAUCUCGGACCCAAAGGCUUGGAGGGACCCAUCUUCAAGAGGUCUGGGGGCCACCGGAUCCAAGGCCUGAACUGCAUUGGCCAUCAUCAGUUCUGUUUCCGCUGGUCUCGCCGCUGGCUGGUGGUGAAAGACUCCUUCCUGAUGUAUAUGAACCGAGACAACGGCAGGAUCAACUUUGUGCUGCUGUUUGACCCUGAGUUCAAAGUGAAAGUGGGCCGUGCUUACACUGACACCAAAUAUGGAGUCUGCAUCGAGAACUUCACUCGGAGUCUGAUCAUCAAAUGCAGCAGCUACAGGCAGGCUCAUUGGUGGAGUCAUGAAAUCAACCGGCUGGCAGAAACCUGUGACUUUCUCAAAGUGCAACGCUUCGAGGGCUUCGCUCCGCCACGGGAGAACACGCUCACUAAAUGGUAUGUGAAUGGAAGUGGCUACUUUGCAGACCUGGCUGAUGCUCUUGAACAAGCCAAGGAGGAAAUCUUCAUCACAGAUUGGUGGCUCAGCCCUGAAGUGUUCCUAAAGAGGCCAGCAACUGAUAACUACUGGCGCCUGGAUGAGAUACUCAAACGCAAAGCAGAACAAGGAGUCAAAGUGUGCGUUCUGCUGUACAAAGAGGUGGAGCUAGCACUCGGCAUCAAUAGCGAGCACAGCAAGAGGACUCUGAUGAAUAUGCACCCAAACAUCAAGGUAAUGCGACACCCUGACCAUGUGUCGUCUGUGGUGUUCCUGUGGGCUCACCAUGAAAAGAUGGUGGCCAUUGACCAAACAGUUGCCUUUGUUGGGGGGAUUGACCUAGCCUUCGGUCGGUGGGAUGACAGCCAGUACCGGCUAACUGACCUGGGUUUGACAGAGAUUUCCAACGGUGUCACUGAGGAGGAGCCUAAAGGAGAAACAGGAGAAAAUGGGGUAGUUGAUGGUCCAAAACCAUCUGAACCAGAUAAGCAAGCGGAGCAGGUCCCUGUCGAUCUGACUGGCAACACUAAACUCUGGCUGGGCAAAGACUACAGCAACUUUAUCUGGAAAGACUGGGUCCAACUGGACAGACCGUUCGAAGAUAACAUCGACCGUACACAAGUUCCUCGCAUGCCGUGGCGGGAUCUGUCUGCCGCUAUUCAUGGCAGCGCUGCCAGAGAUGUAGCCCGCCACUUCAUCCAGCGCUGGAACUUCACCAAGAUCUUCAAAAACAAGUACAAGCACGAGUUCUACCCAUACCUUCUCCCCAAGUCUCACUGUACCGCUGACUCGCUCUCGUUCACUGUGCCUGGGACCACAAAGGCCAAAGUGCAGGUGCUGCGCUCUGCCGAUCGUUGGUCUACGGGAACCUGUGAGAACUCCAUCCUCAACGCCUACAUCCACACCAUCGAGAACAGCGAGCACUACAUCUACAUCGAGAACCAGUUCUUCAUCAGCUGUGCCGACGGGAAGACUGUCCAUAAUGGGAUUGGCGAUGCAAUUGUGAAUCGAAUCUUGCGUGCGCACAGAGAGCAGAAGAAGUACAGGGUGUUUGUGGUGGUUCCUCUGCUGCCUGGCUUUGAGGGAGACAUCAGUGCUGGAGGUGGAAAUGCCAUCCAGGCUAUUCUGCACUUCACUUACAGGACCAUGUGCCGAGGGGAGCACUCCAUCCUGUCAAGACUCAGUGAAGUUGAGGACAAGUGGACAGAGUACAUCACACUCUGCGGCCUGAGAACACAUGCCCAGCUCUCCCAGUCGCUUGUCACAGAGCUCAUCUAUGUUCACAGCAAGACCCUCAUUGCUGAUGACCGCUGCUAUAUCAUUGGAUCGGCCAACAUCAAUGACCGCAGCAUGCUGGGCAGUAGAGACAGCGAGAUGGCAGUGUUUGUGGAAGAUGAAGAGCGAGUGCCAUCCGUCAUGGGAGGGGAGGAGUACCAGGCAGGGCCCCUUACACUUGCUCUGCGCAAAGAGUGUUUCAGGGUUCUUGUCGGAGCAUCUUCAGACCCCACUAUCAGUGUUGAUGAUCCAAUCAGCGAUGAGUUCUUCUUCUUGGCCUGGAAUGCAGCUGCUAAACUGAAUGCCACCAUUUAUGACAAGGUCUUCAAAUGCCUGCCCUACAACUCUGUCCACAACAUGCGAGAGCUGAAGGAGUACUCCAGCAAGGAGCGCCUCUGCGACACUGACCCUGAGCAGGCCAAAGAGGAGCUGAAGGCCGUCCGAGGGCUGCUGGUCCACUUCCCCCUGAGGUUCCUAUGUGAGGAGAACCUGCUGCCUCCACUGGGCACUAAAGAAGGCAUGGCUCCUGUAGGGCUGUGGACAUAGCCCCAGCUGAGCCCAGAUCAGACCACUACGUAACAGCUGAAGGGCUGCAGCACACUACAGGCUCCUCCUUGUAGCUCCAGCUGCCUAAUGUUCAGCACAGUGCGCUAAAGUAUUUGCACCACUGGCACUUCAGUGAUAAGGCAUCUCUUUAGUACAAUUAAUUUGUUUGUCAUUGAUGUUUUUUAUAUUGCCUUGUGACUGACGAUGGGCGAGUCUGAGCAUAACCACUGAAAUGUAGAUUGUAUGAUGAUUAUCUGUUAGAUGAACCUGUCCUGGCCAGUUUGUUCACGAUGGAAGUGUCUGCAAAACAAAAUGAAUGUAUGAGUCAGGAGAGGAUUGCGAGGUUGUAUUGGAAAUCAAGCAUCUCACAUGAUCUUGGAACAUAGUGUACAGUUAUUGGUGCAAGGUUUUUGGGUGGGUGGGUGUCUCUCUCUCUCUCUCUUUUUCUCUCUCUCUCUCUCUGUCUCUCCCUCUCUCCGUCUAUCUCUCUGUGUCUCUCCCUCUCUCCGUCUCUCUCUCUGUGUCUCUCUCUCUCUGUGUCUCUCCCUCUCUCUGUCUCUCUUUCUCUCUCUCACGCUCGCUCUCACUCUCCCCCUCUGAGGCUUCACCUCUCACUGCAGUGCCAGCAAAUCUGUCAGAACAUUUGUGGUUGUUAUGGUGACGGAUAUAAAGAGAUGACUGGAUCGCAGCUGAAAUAAAGGCUGGAUGGGGCAGAAAAGGGAGAGUACUGAUAAGAGGGAUAAAUUACUAAAUCAGGAUGGUGUGCCGGAAAAUAGAAGGUAAUAUGGUGAAGGAGGACAGACAAUUUCUGCGGAAGCGAAGUCAUUUUAAUAGUUUUGGAUAAGUGAUCAGGUGGGAAAACUGUGUGAGGGAAAGAAAAGGAGGACAAGAUAAUUAAAGGGUGUUAGGUUGAUUUACCGUUAAUUGUUGCUUUUUUUUCAGUCACCAUGACAACCAAGUGAAUUAUUAUUUCACUGUGUUGUCAGCAGUCGAGAACAGAACAUUCUGCUAUCCACUUGGCUUUGAGAACGCUGCGUGAAGCACAGAUUGCUUGACCAUUGCAUUUUUCAGCUAUUUCCAUGCUCAACAAUUCUGUGUCCAGGUGCCAUGAAAUGUCUUAACAUAUCUACCCUAUAUUAAUUUACUGGGCAUUUGUUUAGGUUCAUUAUGUUUAGCCAUAACACUGUAGCUGAGUAGUGACAUAAUGUGGCUUUAGUUCACGCAGCAGCUCCCAUGGUUGAAGCAUCACCAAGUCAUUCUUUUAAUCUUGAGCUACAAAGAAUUUUAGGUUUUCUUUGAUAUAAAUUCAAGUCAGUUGUUCUCUUGAAACCUUUACUGAGCCAUGAGGACCUGAGUGACCACUGUUGAGCAAUCUGCAAAAACCUUGUGUUGGACACACAUGCAUUGGUGGUGAAUGCAGACAAGUGCAAGCAUUCCUUGUGUAGAAAAACAGGACUUUAUUUACUUGUAUUCAGUAGUAAAAUGUUAUUGUGCCCUUAGCUGUACGACAUGGGUGACAGGAAAGGAGUUUGACCAAGGGGGAAAUAUGGAUGUUUUGUAAGAUGAGAUUGAACACGGGCAAAACCUUGUUAUUUAGGCAUUUUUCCGUCUUUGAAGGUUUCUCACAUAUUACACAGCCAUACCAGGUUUCACCAGUGCCUCUGUAAAGUACCUUAUCAUGAAAAUUUUUAGAAAACAACCAGCAGAGAGGCAGACAACAGGCAGCACGUGAAGCUUGUGAAAUUAAUGUUUUUUAUUCCUAGCCUUUUGGUGGUGUUCCCUUUGUCCCAUUGUGGCAUGUAUUUUAAAGAGACCUGUAUGUUAACAGAUGAAAUAGUGAUUGAUUUAUGUGCAUGACAUGACCAUAAUCCAGUUCAUAACCCAAAAAAGUGGAAACUUGCUCAGCCCAUGUACGGCAGAGCCAGUGAACAUGUACAGAUUGCUUCAUAAGCUUCUUGAGACAUGCCCACAAUUCAACACUACUGAGGUGUUUUCAGUGCGGACUUGUCUGGGAAUGUGACAGAUGACGAGUGUCCCACAUGAACGCCGCCUUGCUCUACAUGAAGCACCUUUCACAGAGGAGCUAGUAGAACCAUCUGUGUUUAGAAAUGGAGCAUUGCUGACUUUAGAACUAUUCACACUUUUCCUUGGAAAAUAUUAAAAAGCUACUAUGAGCCCUUGCACACUUGAAGCUGGGUAUUUGCUAGCCUCUCUCGUACAGCACAAAAUAGUUGCCUUUUGCUAAAUGAUUCCGUGGAAAUAUCUGUGAUGUACUGACAAGUGACUUUAUACUCUUUCUAUCAUGAAUUUUAUUUUUAUUAGACUAAUAACCAGCUUUACCAGUACAGUUUUAUGUAUUUAUGUAUUAAUAUAGCUUGUGUUUUUAACUCAUCCUUAUUAUCCCUGACAGUCACCAUGUGAAAACUUUUGUGUAUGGAAAACUGUAGAUCUAGGUCAUUACCUUAACGUUUCUGAUGUAUAAGUUACUAACACUCAGGGGUAAAGAGGUGAUGAAUAUUCUAACUCAGUCACUUAAAAAACUUAUACUACUUAUACUUGUUACUUUUCUUGUUUCCUCAAUAAACUUGUUUUUUUAACAGAG